AUGUACUCAGGGGCUUUAACACAGGAAGAAUCGGAGAAAGAAUUCAAAGCAUUUAUAAAGCUUUCAUUUGAAGAAGGAUCUUUUCUGACAAGAUUUCUUAAAGUAUACAAUGGUAUGAAAAGACUUUCUGAUGUGGCUUUUGCCACCUGUGAAAAUCUCCUGCAGAACACAGAGCUCAUCAGAUAUCUUGAGGAGAGCAAGUUUGAUGCCAUCCUGACAGACCCUGUACUACCCUGUGGAUUGAUAGUGGCAGGCUUCCCUCUGGACUUUACUCCGCAUACAGACCACAUGAACUUUCUCCAGAGGGUGAGCAAUCAACUCUAUCACAUUGCAAAUUCUUUUCUCUGUGGUUUUAUGUUCCAACCAUAUGAGAAAUUGGCUUCUGAGUUCCUCCAUCGGGAUGUGACUGUGCUGGAUCUCUUACGCAAGGGUUCCAUUUGGCUCCUGAGGUUAGAGUUUGUUUUAGAGUAUCCCAGACCUUUAAUGCCCAACAUCAUUCCAAUUGGAGGAGUCCACUGUGCUCACAAGAAGCUGCCUCAG